AGUCUUGACUGUCUUGACUUAAAAACCAAGCCAAGCAAGGAGUGAAAGUCUGAAAGUGAAGGACUCAAGGAGGUGACGGUCUGAUCAGACAAUUCAUUUUAUAGAGAUGACAAAGAUACACAAAUCUGUAUUUAAAGAUGUCAGACACAACACAAACUUAUUACUUGGGACACCUGAAGGCAUACCACUGGACUUGGUACUAGCAAUGCAGAACUAGAAGUAAAUCCUAUUUGUAUCAGUUUUAUAAACAUUAAUAUAGACUCAGUGAGUAAUUGCUGAACUAACAAUUGUUGAAGGAAAUCAUAAAUAAUCAUUUUCAAGUUCAAGCCUACAAAUAGAUUGCAAUGGCAGCCAAUAACUUUACUCACGAACUUGGAAAUGUAAAAAUAGAAGAUAGUGAAACAGAAGAAAUAAGUUUGGCUCUGCAGCCAUUAAACACUGAAGAUAGUGAAGAACAAAUCACUUUGUAUAUGCUGCCUUCCAACACUGAAGAUGGGGAAGAAAUCAUUUUCUCGACUCACCCUUUCAACAAUGAAGUUAGUGAAGAAGAGAUUCAAGAAAUCAAGUCAAUGCAGCUUUCAAGCAAUGAAGUUAGUGAUGAGAUAACUUUGUCUACACAGCCUUUACAAAAUGAAGGUAUCGAUACAUCUAAUCUCAUUAGUGGAAACCAACACCAGGUUGCAAAUAACAUUUAUAAUGGUCAAACCUAUGUCUCAAACAUUCAAAAUCAGCCUCAGAUCACAAACAAUACUAAUGGACAAAGCUAUCUUUUAAAUUUAGAGAAUCAGCCAUUCCUAGUGAUGACAACACCGUCUUCAGGGAUCAAUAGCAUUCAUCAAAAUUGUAAUCAAGCCCUUGUAAGUCAGUACCAGCCUUCUGGAAACAUUUACAAUAAUUCUACCUAUUAUCUUUUGGCUGGGAAUCAGACUCAGCUUUUAGGCAAUAAUAACAUAAGCUCCUAUCAAGAUAAUAAUAAACUUCAGAAAAUACUCCCCAAGCCUGAGUUAAAAUUAAUGCCCCAUAGAAUGAUCAAGUCAAUCCAAGACCAACAAGAAGAAAACCAUGCGCAGCAGGAAAAAAUAAUCAACCAUCUCGGACUCAGUAAAUCAUCUAAAAUGCCAAUAUGCUCAACUAACCUGAAAAAUUUCUCCUCCGUCUCAAAUUUGAAAACCCGCAGCUUAUCACAUACUGGCUUAAGGCAAUUCAAAUGUCCAUUGUGUCAAGAACAUUUUACCACUUUAUCACAAUUAAACAAACACAAGCUACUUCAUUCUGAAGAAAAAGUAACUAGAAAACAAACAGGUCAAAAGAAACGUAGGAAGUUAGUGAUUCUCAAAAAAUCCCAAUGGAAACAUAAAAAAACAUACAAGUGCGACCUGUGCCAGAAACAUUUCGUUACCUUAUCCCGUUUAAAAAGGCACAUGCUUAUUCACUCUGGUGAAAGACCAUACAAGUGUAAAGUCUGCUCAAAAAGUUUUAAUCAGUCUUCAACGUUAAAAAGUCAUCAGUUGAUUCAUGGUAUUUAUCAAAAAACUUAUAAAUCUAAAACUCGACGAAUUUCUUCUUCUACCUCUUCAAAGUUAAUCCAAGACCAACUAGUAGAAAACCCUACACAGCAGGAAAAAAUAUUCAGACAUCUCGGACUCGGUAAAUCAUCUAAAAAGCCAAUACGUUCAACUAGCCAGAAAAAAUUCUCUUCUGUCUCAAAUUUGAAAACCCUCAGCUUAUUGCAUACUGGCUUAAGGCAAUUCAAAUGUCCAUUGUGUCAAGAACAUUUUACCACUUUAUCACAAUUAAACAAACACAAGCUAGUUCAUUCUGAAGAAAAAGUAACUAGAAAACAAACAGGUCGAAAGAAAUGUAGGAAGUUAGCCAUUCUCGAAAAAUCUCAAUGGAAACAUGAAAUAACACUCAAGUGUGCCUUGUGCCAGAAACAUUUCAUUUCCUUAUCCCGUUUAAAAAGGCACUUGCUUAUUCACUCUGGUGAAAGACCAUACAAGUGUAAAGUCUGCUCAAAAAGUUUUAAUCAGUCUUCAACAUUAAAACGUCAUCAUUUGAUUCAUGGUAUUCAUCAAAAAACGUAUAAAUCUAAAACUUGCAGAAUUUCUUUUUCAACCUCUUCAAAGUUAAAAUCUCACAAGUUGGUAGGCAAUACUCAAAAAACAUCCAAAAGUCAAGAAUGUCAGACUGGAAGAAAUAAGUCUUUAGUUUCUAAAACUCUGAUGUUGGCUCCUGCUGGUACUGGUAACAAAAAAUGUAAAUGUCCCAUUUGUACAAAACAUUUUAGAAGUAUAUCACAUCUCUACACCCAUCUGCUGAAUAUUCAUGAUGUUGCAAAACAUGACAAAUGUCAGAUACCGGUAAACCAAGUUUUGGAUGCCUCUCCAAAUGUUAAUAAACCCAAGAUGAUUUAUACAGGUACAAAAAGAUUCAGUUGUGAAAUAUGCCAAAAGAGUUUUACUCGUCGUUUUGAUGUAACAAGACACCAGUCAGUUCAUUUUGGUGAAAAAAGUCUUAAGAAUUUCUAUAAACCCAAGAUGAUUCAUACGGGUACAAAAAGAUUCAGUUGUGAAAUAUGCCAGAAGAGUUUUACUCGUCGUAGUGAUGUAACAAGACACCAGUCAGUUCAUUUUGGUGAAAAAAGUCUUAAGAAUUUCUAUAAACCCAAGAUGAUUCAUACUGGUACAAAAAGAUUCAGUUGUGAAAUAUGCCAGAAGAGUUUUACUCGUCGUAGUGAUGUAACAAGACACCAGUCAGUUCAUUUUGGUGAAAAAAGUCUUAAGAAUUUCUAUAAACCCAAGAUGAUUCAUACGGGUACAAAAAGAUUCAGUUGUGAAAUAUGCCAGAAGAAUUUUACUCGUCGUAGUGAUGUAAUAAGACACCAUUCAGUUCAUUUUAGUGAAAAAAAUCUUAAGAAUUUCUCUAAACCCAAGAUGAUUCAUACUAGUACAAAACCAGCCAAAUGUAAAAUUUGCCAGAAAAGUUUUAGUAGUUCUUAUGAUGAAAAAAUACACAGAUUGACUGAAUGUAGAGGGAAAAGGUCAAAGUAUCCACCAGGCCAAAAAGAUUUUACUACAUCCACUGAUCUUUUUACUGAUGCAAGUGAGAAACCAUUUAAAUGCGAGGUGUGCCAGAGAAGAUUUAGUCGGAGUAAAACUUUGACAAACCAUCAACUGCUUCAUACUGGUGUGAAACCUUUCAAAUGCAAGCUGUGCCAGAAAAGAUUUCGUCAGACUGGAUCUCUGAAAACCCAUCUACUGCUUCAUACAGGUGAGAAACCUUUCACUUGUCAAAUAUGCCAGAAAGGAUUCACUAAUUCCAGCAACUUAACCCGUCACCAGUCCGUUCACACUGGCUACCAACCAUAUCAAUGUCCCUUGUGUCCAUCAAGAUUUACUCAGUCCUCUAGCUUGAAACAUCACUUGGGAGGCCAUACUGGUACAACUUUCCAGUGUCCAAUUUGCCUGAAAGCUUACACCACCAAGCAUAACAUGCAAGCCCAUUGCCAGCUUCAUAAGGGUGGGAAGGAUCUCCGUUGUCAAAUAAAGCAAGAAGUGCUUACUAAUGAGUCAAGCUUCUACAGAGACCUGUCAGUUCAUUCAGGGGACAAACCAUAUCACUGUCAUGUGUGUAGCUCAAGAUUUGCUCAGUCUUCAAGUCUGAAAAAACACUUAUUAGCUCAUACUGGUAAAAAAUCUUACAAAUGUCAAACUUGUCAGAAAGCUUUUACUUACUAUGGUAGGUGGAAACACCAUCAGUUGAGGCUGUGUCAUAAUAAAACAAAUACAAAUCAAAGAGUACAGAAAUUAUUACCUCCGGUCUUGUUUUCGGAAAGUCAAUUCCCGACUUAUCACCCAGAAAACAAAUGUCAAAUUUGUGAUGAAGUGUUUCCGAGUAGAAAGUCUCUCAAGAACCACCAAGCCCUUCAUUUAAGCGACUAUAAAUUUCAAUGCAUUCUGUGCAAUUUAAAGUGUUCUAAUCUAAAAGAAAUUAAAAAGCACUUAAUAAAACACCUCAAGGCUUAGCUGUCGAAAUAUUUUCUGAGCAGUGAGAUUUUUUUUUUAUAUUCGUGGAUGAAAUUAAAAUGUAAUGACGUUUUUAAAAAAAAAAUUGAACUGUGAUAAAAAAUUGAUGAGCCUAAAUCUCAGAAAAUGCUAAAAGUAAAGUUUGUCCUAAAUGCAAAUUCUACUUUGCAGAUCAAACAUUUGUGCCUAAUUUUUUUUUCAUUAAAAGAAGAAGAAAAAAAACUUUAAAAAAAAAGUAAUGUUACAUUUAAAAAAAAACAAACUCUUUUUAUCCUGCUCCAUUCCCCCUCUCUCCACCCGAAAAUAAAAUAUCCUAGUUUACUGGAUGGUUAUGUAUGUAUGUGGAUGUAUAAAUCUACUACACUUUAUAAUUAACUCGGCAUUUAUAUUUUUCUCGUUUUCUAGCCAAAUUUAAAUAUAUUUUUCUUAUUUUACUUUGAAAAAUUGUAAUGGUCAAACUGAUGUUUCCCAGUGUGGCCAAUAAACUAGUAAUUCUUUUCUCAGUAAUAUACACCGACUGUAAAAUUUCUAGGAAAAUCAUUAAAGCCUUUUUCAAGAUAUUUGGCCAGGUUCCAUCCACAUUAUAUUGUAAAAAAGUACCGUUACUUGGAAAGAUUAAUUUCUUCAAUUAGCAUUCGAAAAUAAAAUGUCAUUUUGUUACAAAAAUGUUAUCGAAGCUUGAAAUAAGAUUUUUUCCUAAGGCACAGCAUUAUUACAAAAUGAACUAAAAUCUGAUUUAAUUGUGCAGGUACCUAGUAAAUGUUUUUUUAAAUAUCAAUAUUUUUAUAUUUCAUUUAUAAACUAUAACAUGGUUCUAUGUAUAAACUAUAACAUGGUUCUAUGUUUAGGAUUAUCUCAGUACUUUAACAUGUUUCUAUCAUUAGAUGUGUGUUUUGUGUGUUGAUUUUUUACUAGCAGACACAUUUAUAACUUUUAUUAGGUCAUUGUAUUUUUUAGACUCAAAUAGUGCAUAUGUAUUUUUUAUUUAUUUAUAUAUUGUACAUAUUUUCAUUAUUAUGAUUGUCAAAAUGAUUACUACAGUUUUUCAUUAUCUUUGUAUUGUAUAUUUUACUUUUGUAAAAACUAAAAAUUUAAAAAAAUCAACACUUGACUAGCAUUAGUUUUAAAUGGAGAUUCUUGGGUUUGAAAAACCCAGUAAAAGAUUGUUUCAGAAAUUUUAAGGCAUCCCUAAGCUGUCCUACUAAUUGGUACCAGUACCAAAGUUGUUGGGGUUUUUUUUGAAAAAAAAAUAAAUCUUUUUUAGUGCAUUAAUUGCAUGAUGUAAUCAUCUUCUUUUUUUAAUUAGCGUCUGUAUUUUUUAAUAUAAGAAGGUAUGCACGCUGGACUGUCAGUUGGUCAUCUCAAUGGUCCCGGGUUCAUACCCUGCACACUGCAUACCCUGUCAUCCUGCAGGAUAUUUGGGCUAGGAAGAAAAUUAUCUUCAACUCUGAAGAAACACCCGAAACAUAAAAUAUUUUACAAUCCUUGUUAACCCAUUGACACAUAAACAGAUGACCUUUACAUCAUCAGUGCCAUAGCCUUCUUGAUCUUAACAUUUAUUCUCUAUUUUUUUAGGCUUUAAUUGGCUUUGUUUUCUGGCAAGCUCUAUCUUUUGUUUCUAUAUGUUUAUAUCAUUGUGUGUUGUUUGUAACGAAUUUGGCCAUUGUGCAUUUAGAAAAAGGUUCUACUCCUAUGUUAGUAGAGCAAUUUUUUUCUUCACCGGAAACCAUAUUUUCCACAAUUGACUUGGUUUGCUAAGUACUUGCUGGUAGGCACCAUACCUACAGUCCCUACUCCACUAGCAUUCCUUAAUGCAAUGAAACUUUCUGUUGAGUUACCUGAGCUAAUAAUUACUAUCUGAUUAUCAAUUUCAAGAUGAAUGUAUUAACAGAAAUGUGGUUUCAAAACUACAUGUUUGUAUUAAGUAUUAUUGUAAUAUUGAAUUACUUUAUGUAGUUAACUAUUAUACUGUAUUAUUUACUAUUAUUGUUAACCACAAUUCACUUCAUGACAUUAUUGUGGAAACCUAUGGCAUAUUAUAACUGUUUUAAACACAAGUCCAAUAUGUUAUUAGGUGUGUAACUUUAUUUGUUUAGUCACUGUUUGGAGGUGGGUGCAACCAGUUUUUCUUGUGCUAGUCGCAAGUUGCCUGUACAAUGACUUUAGGAAAUUCUUUGGUCGCUUUGAGGUUUGUGAAUAUACUUUUGGG